UUUUUCUGGCCGUUCAGGUGAAGGCGGCUCCAGGGAAUGUGACUGCGUGCAACACGCACACUGUAGCCGUCUUUCACGGUUCCUUAUGUAACUUUCCCUGUGCUGAAACUGGAGCGAGCUGCACGCUCGCCUUGCUGGAAUCUAGAGUAGACCAUUUCCUCAUAUAUUUAUGUCUCAGUUCCGUUUCUUAGCCUGGUGCAGCAAAUGACGGUCCUUAACUGGUAAUAACGUAGCUUGAACAAGUAUAUUUAGGCCAUCGGAGCCAACCAAGCUUCUGAAACGCGUGUUGCAGGGUCGCCGAACGGUCAGGGGGAGACCUUAAUUCGUUCUAUCUUAUCCUUUAUUUUACACGUCGAAGAUGCGGCGUCUAGCCGGCUCGUUGCUACUAGCGACGAUAGUGCUCUUGCUGGUCGGGUUCGCCGGUCAUGCGUCGGCUCAAAAGCUAUGCCUUGACUCGACGCAACCGCAGAUUCCGAAGGACCAGCUGCAGAUCUGCGGGCAGUACAACAACGAGAGCUGCUGCACGAACCCGCGGGCCGUGGAGAUUGCGAAGAAGUUGGCGGAGCACAGCGCCGCCAUGGGCGCCAACCCCGCCGCCAAGAAUUGCCUCCGCGCGCUGGAAGCAGUGCUCUGCGCCGAGUGCGAUCCCUAUGCCACGCAGCUCUACUCCCGGGACCGCAACGGCCGCUACGCCGACGUGCCGUAUCUCUGCACAGCGCAGUCCAACCGCGACCCCGUAGAGUCGCAGCCCUUCUGCUCCACCGUCUGGGACGUCUGCGCCAUGGUCCCCAUACCCAAAAACCCCUUCGUCGCCACAAACGACCCCCGUUACAUCUCGAUUUACGACGUUUACUUAACUAAGGGCGAGUUUUGCCGCCGGUUCAUGCCCCCGAAUAAGAACCCGGGGGACGGGCCGAAGAUUUGUUAUCGGGGUAAACCGGUGGAUUACCCGGACGAAUUGGGGGAGGAUGUUUUGCCGCCCGUGAAUGAUAUGUGUGUGGAGCAGAUUGGGUUGAGUACCAAGAACGAAAAGAGUGUGGAGAAUAGCUAUUAUGUGGCAAUGACCCCGCACCCGGACCAAUCGCGGCGCGCGUUCUUCCUCGAGCGGGCGGGCAGGUUGUUUCUUUAUGACCUGCCCGAGCCGGGGUCGUCGGACUAUCUGCCUUCUGACGGGGGUUCGACGUUUCUCGAUAUCAGCCACUUGGUGGCACAGGGCGUGGAGAAGGGCGCAGGUGGCACAGGGCGUGGAGCAGGGGCAGUGGGCAUUGCAUUUCACCCCGACUACCCCCGCAACGGCCGCUUCUUCGUCUCUUUCACCUGCGACUCUUCAGUCAACAGCGACUGCAAGGCCGCGGUGUGCGGCUGCUACAAGGACGUGGACUGCACCCCGGAGAAGGUCCAGGCGGCCAACCCGGAUGGGAAGUGGGGGGCAGGAGAUCUGUGCAGGAAUGUGACUGUGGUGGCGGAGUUCUCUGCAUGCAGCGACACGCUCUGCACGCCUGCGAAGAUCUCUCAGCAAUCGAGCAUCGAGCCCACAAUAGUCCGGUACAUAGUGCGGCUGGGCCAGCCGUUCAUCAACAACAACGGGGGGCAGAUCCGCUUUGGCGCGGACGGCAUGCUGUAUGUGAUGCUGGGGGAUGGCGGUGGCGAGUGGGACCCCCUGGGCCUCGCGCAGAACCCCAAGGCGUUCCAGGGGAAGGUGCUGCGGCUGGACGUUCUCAACGGAAUCAGCGAACCAGAUGACAACGAGAUUUCCAGCAGGGGUCUGCUAGGGGCGUACGGCAUCCCCCCUGACAACCCCUAUGCAUUCGCGUGGGAAUGGCGGGGGAGGUGUUUGCGCUAGGCUUCCACGACCCUGGAAGUGCACCUUUGACCUGCUCAGGCCGUCUGUCAUGAUGUGCGGGGAUGUGGGAUGG